GAGGAGUUGAAGGACGAGGAAGAGGAGGAGAAGAAGGCAGGGUACCUGUCAGGGUGGAGUUCACAGAGAACAAUCUUACCUACAUGGACAGACUGCUUCUCAAGAAGCACCACAGGACACCAAUCGAAACUUAUCAACCAUCGUUAGCCUUUGGCAGAGAUUCAAACUUGUGUCCAAACACAAAAACUGAGGAGACUGCAAGCAACCUAACAGCCCAGGAGGAGGAUUUUCGUCGCUACUGUGCAUCAUUGUUUGCUGUCCCUGUCAGCAGGGGCAAGGCUGAGCCUCAGAUUACUACACCUGAAUCGUGCCUCACCAUAGAAUACCUGGAUGAGAGUGACAGAGACAUGGAUGGAGAUGUUGUUGCUGAGCAGAGGACUGCCAGCAACAGAAAGGUCUCCUCUGCUCCAAGGGUCCUCAGUGAGGGAAGAACAAUGGUGCCCCAAACGGCCUUAACCAGUGGUGUGUCUUCAAGAAUCAACCACUCAUCUCCCAGUCUGCAGUCUAGAGCACCAGCACGACCCACAGCAGCUCAGAAGCUCCAUCGAUCUAAGCCUCAGACUUCACAAGCAGAACACUCAAUGAAAUCAUCAUCCUCUAAAAGUAAGCCAUCAGCAUGCCCCACUGAUCAGACUCCAAGGACUUCAAAGACAUCAAUCAAGACACCAACCUCAAUGUCACAAAAGCCCAAUUGCUUCACCAAUGUCCAUAAAUCAAAACCUGACUGUGGAUCACCGCGACUUUUGUCCUCUCCCUUAUUACUACAUUCCCAAACUGAAAUCCCUAAAUCCCCAUAUGCUCCUGUCUCUUUUCCACCUGAUGUUUCUCCUUUGUCUAGUGCCAGACCACUAAUCCCAGAAGAGCAUCUCUCCCCUUCUCCAUCCUUCUCCCUUAGGUCUACUUUCAUAGUCUCGCCAUCAGGCUCCACUGAGUCAGCCUUAUUGCCCAAAGUUUACCAAUCAACCCCAUUUCAAAAAGGCUCAGACUCAUCUCUGUUACCAGAGCAACCCCAAUCUCCCUGGUUAUUCCCAGAACCAAUGUCAUCACUGAAGCUUUCCCAACUGCCCCCAAGCAAUCUGGAGUCCUCAAGGCAAUCCCACCGUUCCCUCUGUGAACCAGAGUCUCUACUAUUAGUUAAUCAACUCCAGCUGCCCCUGUCACCUGUGUCUUCCAGUCCAAACACACCACCAAAAUCUCUGGAACCAAGUCCAGCUGUAAACAGCCUGUCCAGUUUGUCUCUAUUUAAGUCCCCCUUGGAUGCAUAUUCUAGAUCCAGCUCAACUCCAACAAAUGAGGAUGCUCCACUUAUUAUGUCCUCCACGCCUAUCUCUGGUGACCAUGAAUCAGAUCUGUCACUUUCCUGUAUCCCAUCACUUCCAUCACAUCGGUUAAAUGUCAUUCAGAAUCCUCCAUUAGCUGGGAAAACGGAGGAGGAAGAGGAGCUAUCAAUAGACAGUGGAGAUGAAAUGUCCAGUGAUAGUCUGGGUCUGGCUCCAUAUGAGGAAGACUCUUCAGAUGAAGAAGCACUGACGGAUGGACAUUUAACCAGAGAAGAAGAACCAGGGAUUCCUGCCACACCUCAUCAAGAAGAUUUGCAGACAGUUGAGCAAGAACAGCUGUCAGAACCAUCCAUGGUCAUGCAUAAGCUGGGUCUGAGUGCUGGGUCUGGAUCAGAGCGGUCCUGUGAUCUGGAUGGGUUUCUGCCUCUGGGUUUGGAUAUGAAUUCCGGUCACUCCGACACACCAGAACACACAUACUGUGACUCAGUGCGCACAAGAGAGACUACACCAUAUGAUUCAGGCCCAACAGGGUCAGAGGGUUAUUGGCCAAGCAGCAGCCUCAGUACUGGUGCAGGACACCUGGUUUUCAGUGUGAUGGAAGACAGCCAGACGCUGCCAACAGGAAUUCACUCAACCACACCUACCAGGAGAGAAGAAAUAUCAGCAAAUAAACCAGGAACAUCUGAGUCAGAGUCUAACCAGUGUGGCAAGUCUACACCACCACUCUCUUGGGUUCCUGCUGCCUGCAGCCAAUCUAAUCCUAGGUCGGGCUCAGAGAUGUGUCCAGCAUUGCGCCCACUGUCUCGGGUAGCCCAGGAGAUCAUGGAGAUCUGUAGUGUGGACCAGAUGGGCUGUGAGGACCCUGACCUGGACACUGACACAACUUUGCACACACUCCAUGAACUGGAGCAGGAACUCAGACUCACGGCCAAGGAAACAGGGAAGCAGGUUUCAGUAUUUGGUGCAGGAAGCAGUGGAAGUUGAGAUCAGCAAGCAAAUCAUCAUUUCACAUGGGACACCAACGAUAUUUUAUGUUGUUGCGCCUGGAUCUCCCUUCCAGACCUGAAAGCUUGGCUCGGAGCCUUUUAUUUUCUUGUUGCAUCUCAGCUUCUGAAAUUUCCACGGCAUGAUUUUUUGUUGCCAAUCUCUCAGCGAGCACUUGCUGGGCGGACGCAAGAUUCUGGAAACAGCUCAUCAAAGGACACUCCAAGAAAAAAAGAAAAAAAAAAAUUGUGCUUAUGUUGCAAUAUGAACAUUAAGCAACUAUUUUAUCCAUAGAUUGUGAGCAAUAUUUUUUCAACAGAAUUAAAU